AUGGCCGACCUCAAGGACGAAAAGCACACCGACCUCUCGGCACCAGUCGAUGUCAACCAGGGCGGCAUCAGCGACGAGCUACCAGCGGACAAUGCUGAUCACCUCCAGCGCCGCCUCGGUAAUCGCCAAAUCCAGCUCAUUGCCAUAGGUGGCAGUAUCGGCACAGCUGUCUUUGUCUCCAUUAAUUCUGGGCUUGCGAGGGGAGGGCCAGGAUCUCUUCUCCUGGCGUACGCCAUCUACUCUUGCUUCCUAGGUCUUAUCAACAACUGCAUGGCCGAAAUGACUGUCAUGCAUCCUGUUUCAGGCGGCUUCAUCCGUAUGGCAGGCCACUGGGUCGACGAUGCGUUCGGAUUCAUGGCUGGCUGGAAUUUCUACUUGUACGAAGGCCUCAUCAUUCCCUUUGAGAUCACGGCUCUGAAUCUGGUACUGUCAUUCUGGUCCGACAACAUACCGGUCGCCGCUAUCUGCGCAGCUUGUACCGUUCUGUAUGGCCUCAUCAAUGUUCUUGCUGUGCGUGCCUAUGGCGAGGCCGAGUUCUGGCUGUCUGGCGGCAAGGUCAUCUUAAUUUUCUUGGUCUUCUUCUUCACAUUCGUCACCAUGGUUGGAGGCAACCCUCAGCACGACGCCUACGGCUUCCGAUACUGGAACAAUCCCGGCGCCUUCGCCGAGUGGGAGGGUUUCCUUGCGUGUCUUUGGAGCGCUUCCUUCACCGUCGUUGGACCGGAGUACAUCUCCAUGGUUGCUGCUGAAGCCAAGAGACCUCGGAUCUACAUCAAAAACGCCUUCAAGACAGUAUACUGGCGUUUCGCUAUCUUCUUCAUCGGCAGCGCCCUCUGCAUCGGCAUCGUCAUCCCCUACAACGACCCGAAACUCGUGGCCAUUCUGUCUGGCGAAUCUAGCGGCGGCGGCACAGCAUCGGCCUCUCCGUAUGUCAUCGCCAUGUCCAACAUGGGCAUCAGCGUCUUGCCUCACAUCGUCAACGCCUUGUUGUGCACCAGCAUCUUCUCGGCUGGCAACACAUACACUUACUGUGCGUCACGGACCCUGUACGCAAUGGCACUGGAAGGGCGGGCUCCACGAUUCCUCCGCAAGUGUACCAGGAAGGGUGUACCCAUCUACUGCUUCGCUGUCACCUUACUCUUCCCUCUACUGUCUUUCCUUCAAGUUGGCAACGGCUCGUCAGUCGUGCUGGGCUGGCUCAUCAAUCUCGUCACCGCCGGAGGUGUCAUUGACUAUAUCGUCAUGGGAACCACAUACAUCUUCUUCUACAAGGCCUGCAAGGCGCAAGGCAUCGAUCGCCGCCUCUUCCCGUACUACGGCUACUUCCAGCCAUGGUCUGGCUAUUUGGGCACCGCAUGGAUGGUAAUCAUCGUCUUCACGUACGGCUAUUCUAGCUUGUCGCCAUUUGACGUUGGAUCAUUCUUCUCUUACUACACGAUGCUGAUCCUGGCGCCAAUCACGUUCACUGGAUGGAAGUUGAUUAAGAGGACGAAGAUCGUCAAGUCAACCGAAGCGGAUCUCACAUGGGAGGCACCAAUCGUGGAUGCCUACGAGGACUCGUUCCUGACUCCGCCAAUGGGGUUCUGGCGCGAGAUGCUGCAACUGGUGGGGAUUGGCCUCAAGAAGAAGGAUCGAAGGUCCAGCGUUGCACAAUACUAG